AUGCUCCUUCGUCUCCCCCUCAUCGCGUCGUGUGCAGCAGCCAUUCUCGCUGCGCCCACCAGACGCAUCCUCGAUGACAAAACGGAUGACGGAAAGGGUAUUCUGUUCUUGAACACACGCGAACAACACGAACAGCACGACAGUCAACCAGACUACUCCGCGCAGUUGCUCACCAACAACAAAGUCAGCGUGCUCAAAAGACACGACGACGAUAAUGGGCUUCUUGAUGUGCACAUCCUGAAGCGCAUCCUCGGUUCAAAUGGCGGUCAUGACGGCGAGGGCGAUAUUCUCGGCGUUGAUGUGCUUAGACGCACGGAGGACCUCACUGACUCUUCAGGGACGAUCGACGUUGAUCUUCUCCAGCGCGCUAUCCUGGGUAUCGGCGGAGAAGGCGAUAGCGAACGCGAUUCAACGCUCGGUCUCUUUGGCCGCAUCCUAAACGACAGCGGCAAUCACAAUGACGAGCCUUUGAUUGGUCUACUCAAGCGUGGUGCGGCACUCGGUCUUGGCGACACUGGCGACGGCGCUGAGCUGCUCGAUGUCCUUAGACGCGGAGGCCUCCUCAGCGACCAUAACGACCAUAAUAAUGCAAUUACCCUGGAUGUUGGCAGGAGAGGCAUUUUGCUCAACGACGGUAGCCCUGACUUGGCACACGUUGGUGUGAGAUCUGUCGAUGGCAACGGUUUGCUUACCGACGAUGCUCAUGACCACGACGACGAUAAUAAACUUCACAUAGGCGUUAGAGCUAAUGAACAGUACUCAGAGGAAUCCAUAGGCCUCAGAGUCAUCGACAAGCGUUCAGAUGAUGAGGUGUUGGGUCUCGAUCUUGAAGUGCGUGGAGAAGAUGACAAAUCAGAUCUCUCUCGCAGGGUAUUGGGCCUCAUCGACGGAGGUCACGAAAGAGACAACGGCAACCUCAAGGUCGACAACCCUGUUGGUCUCAAGAGAUUAGCGGCAGGCACUUGCGUCUUGAAUGGCUGCGACACUGGUGGAGGUGUCAUUGGUCUUUGA